CACCAUUUUACCAAUGAUCAAAGAAGUAAGUGACCAUUUCUGUAAAUAACCCUUUUCGGUUUCACCAAUGACCAAACCGGACUAACCUGAAGAAAACUGAACCGCGAAUAAGGGCGCGGAGGUCUGAAACUGCAGUCUGCCAGUGCGGCGGGACUGGACUGGGUCCGCUGCUAACUCCCAACGCUAUCAUUAUUCUUUCUUCUUCUUCUUCUUCUUCUCCUUCAGUCUCCUCAGCUUAGUCAAAGUCGACCCUCCAGCCACAGAGAAGAGCUCACCUUCACCUCUCACUUCUUACCUCUAGAUCUCAAUAAAAGGGAACCUGUCUUGCUCCGGUCAGCUAGAUUGCUUCCCUUGUUUCGUAUCCCCAAUUCCGCCGCCGGUUAGACUCCGAUCUAAUCCACCAGGCAGCGAGUGACCCUGUCUUGCUUGCUUGCUGCUUCCCGCCUGCCUUCUUCCUGUUUCUUGGCACUACUGUUCACUUCAUUGCUGCCAAAUUCCAGCUAUUAUUCGAAGAAGACGAAUCAAAGAUGUCGAAUUUCUCAUCUCAGCUCCGAGCUUCCUCCGCGCUCAUCAAACGCCUCCGCCAAAAUCGGUUUCCUUCUACCUAUCCUGCGGCGGCCGCCGCCGCUAGAUCGUUCACUACUACGGAAUGCAACCGCCCAACCAUUGUGCAUAAGCGGAGUCUUGAUAUUCUUCAUGAUCCUUUGUUUAACAAGGGAACUGCCUUCUCAAUGACGGAGCGAGACCGCCUCGACCUUCGGGGCCUUCUUCCUCCCAAUGUCAUGACUUCCGAACAGCAGAUUCAGCGCUUCAUGGCGGAUUUGAAGCGGCUUGAAGUCCAUGCAAGGGAUGGACCCGCCGACCCAAAUGCCCUGGCCAAAUGGCGAAUCCUCAAUCGCUUGCACGACAGAAAUGAAACCAUGUACUACAAGCCUAGUUCCCUACAUAGCCCAGGAUUCUCUCCUAAGUGCCAUCACAUUAUCAGACUGACUCGUGCCAGCCUUUCAUGUUCUGAUUGAUAAUAUUGAGGAAUAUGCUCCCAUUGUAUACACGCCAACUGUUGGGCUUGUUUGCCAGAAUUACAGUGGGCUGUUUAGAAGGCCAAGAGGCAUGUAUUUCAGUGCUGAAGACCGUGGCGAGAUGAUGUCUAUGGUGUACAACUGGCCAGCAGAGCAGGUUGAUAUGAUUGUUGUUACAGAUGGAAGUAGGAUAUUGGGUCUUGGCGACCUUGGUGUCCACGGGAUUGGCAUUGCCGUUGGGAAACUAGAUUUAUACGUUGCUGCAGCUGGCAUAAAUCCCCAGAGGGUGCUCCCUGUCAUGAUUGAUGUUGGAACGAACAAUGAGAAGCUGUUGAAAGACCCUUUGUAUCUGGGAUUGCAAGAACAUCGUCUUGAUGGGGAUGAGUAUGUUGAAGUAAUUGAUGAAUUCAUGGAGGCAGUUUAUACACGGUGGCCCAAUGUGAUUGUGCAGUUUGAGGAUUUUCAAAGCAAGUGGGCUCUGAAGUUAUUGCAGAGAUACAGGAACUCAUACAGAAUGUUCAAUGAUGAUGUCCAGGGAACAGCAGGGGUUGCAAUUGCUGGCCUUCUGGGAGCAGUGAGAGCCCAAGGAAGACCGAUGAUUGACUUCCCAAAGCAAAAGAUUGUCGUUGCUGGUGCUGGCAGUGCAGGAAUUGGUGUCCUCAAUACUGCCAGGAAAACGAUGGCUAGAAUGUUGGGAAAUAAUGAAUCUGCUUUUGAAAGUGCACGUAGUCAGUUCUGGGUGGUUGAUGCUAAGGGUCUAAUCACAGAGGAAAGAGAAAAUAUUGAUCCUGAUGCGCAACCGUUUGCAAGGAAGGUCAAUGAAGCUAAUCGUCAAGGUUUAGGUGAAGGUGCAUCUCUAGUCGAAGUGGUGAGGCAAGUCAAGCCAGAUGUCCUUCUUGGAUUGUCUGCAGUUGGAGGGUUGUUCUCGAAGGAGGUGUUAGAGGCCCUAAAGGAAUCCACUUCGACAAGGCCAGCCAUUUUUGCUAUGUCAAAUCCUACAAAUAAUGCUGAAUGCACUCCUGAUGAAGCAUUUUCCAUUGUGGGCGACAAUGUUAUAUUCGCGAGUGGAAGUCCAUUUAGAGACGUGGAUCUUGGAAAUGGUCGCGUUGGGCACUGCAACCAAGGAAACAACAUGUAUCUCUUUCCAGGCAUUGGACUGGGGACUCUUCUUUCUGGCUCUAGGAUCGUAUCUGAUGGCAUGCUACAAGCUGCAUCUGAAUGCCUAGCAGCAUAUAUGACUGAAGAGGAGGUUCUCAACGGAGUGAUUUAUCCUUCUACGUCAAGGAUAAGAGAUAUAACAAAGGAGGUUGCUGCAGCGGUGGUGAAGGAAGCCAUAAUAGAGGAUCUUGCAGAAGGAUAUCGUGGGGUGGACUCCCGUGAGCUCCAAAGACUUAGUCAGGAGGAAAUCGUGGAGUACGUAAAGAACAAUAUGUGGAACCCUGAUUAUCCAACCUUGGUGUACAAGGAGGACUGAAUUGACUACUAAACUCUACUCUGCUUCUACUUUGCUUGCUUGGGAAGCACACAAACGAAAGAAAGAGAAAGAAAGAGAGAAAAAAAGAGGCAACUGCAGUCUUCUAAAGGGUUGGUUGGAUUUGUAACCAAAGGAUCGCUUCUGCUGUAUACUUCCAUGUAAAUUUCAGUUUGCCAGAGCUUCUGAUGGAUUGCAGACAUUCGCGAGGGUACAUUCAUGCCGAUUAGGGCUAGGAAGGUACUGGCGGGUGAGGGAUCAAUUGUCUCCUACCAGAGAUGAGAGCACCCUCCCUUCUCAAACUUCUCUCAGAUGGUUUCUUUUCUGAUGUUCCAAUAAGAGACAACUGACAAUCUGUAAUGUAAAUCACUAAAUCAGCUUUAUGCUUGCUUUGCAAUAACAGUCACAAACGCAUUAUUUUUCAAUUUCUAGCUUAACCAGUAGUUUAGUGCAAGGUUUAGGAAACCUUAUUGUACCAGCCGGUCGUACCGGAAAUACCGGAUACCGGCACCAAAACGAUAGGCGGUUUUAGUGGCAGAAAACGGUUCAAUCACGAU